AACAUUCUCUAAUACAAUAACAUCCGAGACCUUUCUCAUACCGAGAAACAAAAUGGCGUUCAACAUCAAGCUUCUUCUGGCCAUCUGCUCGGUUGCAUUGUUCUUCACUCUUGUCUCUGCAGACCUUUCCAAAGAAGAUAUCGAUGGCUUCGUGGAGGAACACAACAAGGCCCGCGCCCAGGUCGGCAACCGUCCACUCAAAUGGAACGCGACCCUAGCCAAGUAUGCCCAAGAUUAUGCAGACAAGAGAGUUGAUGACUGCGCCAUGGAGCACUCAAUGGGGCCUUAUGGUGAGAACUUGGCCUCAGGAGAAGGCAUGUCUGGAGCAGCUGCCGCCAAGUAUUGGGUCACUGAGAAGGAGUUUUAUGACUACGACCUAAACAAAUGCGUCCGAGACGAAUGUGGACAUUACCUUGGUGUGAUUUGGGGCAAAACCACCGAAGUUGGUUGUGGCAUUUCAAAGUGCAAGAAUGGACUAAACUAUGUCAUCUGCAACUAUGAUCCUGCUUAUAAUGAGGAGGACCAUCCCUACUAGACACUAAAUUUACAUGUCACACAAACAUACGUGCACACCUCGACUAGGCCUGUUUGGGGGUCUUGUAUUUUUGUUGUUGAGAAAUUACAAGAAUAAGAGGGGAUAGAGGCGAUUACAUGUAACGGGUGUGUACGAAUUUACCUCCUCACCCUCCCAACAUUCUUUUACGUGACUGUUGAUUAUAAGAGGAGAUGACAUAUAUAAAAAAGAAGU